CAAAGCAAACACAUACAGUAACUUUAGCCGAAGUCAGCACAGAAUAUAUCGCCUGUUGUCAAUACAAGUCCUAUCGACUUGAUCAAAGAAUAGUUUCAUAUUUAGGACUGUGGUAACAGUAUCGCUUCAAUGGCUUCAUGAACCAAAAAGCUCAUGUCUUAUUAAUAAUGUGAAUUACGUAGCCAAGAUUAGCUAGCCAACCUAGCUAGCAAAACUAGCCUGCCAGCCAGCCAGUCGUCAGCAGCAGGCUGACGUUAAAUGUCUAGGUAAACAGUUAUUUUCCCUAGAAGCCAAAAUGUAUACGCUAUUGUCGGGUUUGUAUAAAUACAUGUUUCAGAAGGACGAGUACUGCAUCUUGAUUCUCGGACUGGACAAUGCAGGAAAAACGACCUUCUUGGAGCAAACCAAGACUAAGUUUAGUAAAAAUUACAAAGGAAUGAGUCUCUCGAAGAUCACGACAACAGUCGGUCUAAACAUUGGCACCAUUGACGUCGGGAAAGCUCGUCUGAUGUUUUGGGAUCUUGGCGGCCAAGAAGAGUUGCAGUCAUUGUGGGACAAAUAUUAUGCAGAGUCUCAUGGCGUGAUCUAUGUUAUUGACUCAACUGAUGAAGAACGACUGACUGAAUCCAAGAAUGCAUUUGAAAAAAUGAUCAGCAGUGAGGUUUUGGAAGGAGUACCGCUUCUUGUGCUAGCCAAUAAACAAGAUGUAGAGAACUGCCUGUCUGUCCCUGACAUUAAGACGGCUUUCAGUGACUGUGCCCCAAAGAUUGGGAAACGGGACUGUCUCGUUCAGCCCUGCACUGCUUUAACAGGGGAUGGAGUGAACGAAGGCAUUGAAUGGAUGGUAAAGUGCGUCAUCCGGAACAUUCAUCGGCCUCCAAGACAAAAGGACAUCACAUAAGCACCACUCCCGUGAUCUCACCGUUAGUGUGAAUGUGUGUGUGGGCUUGUGAUAGUGAGUCUGUGGAAAGAACAAUAUAACAGAAAUCUGGACUUGCAGGUUUAUCUGUUUGUGUGUCUGAGAUCAGCUGGUCUGUAGUCUGUGGCCACUGCUACAGGAAUUCAGACUUCCUCCUUCACAUUCAUAUGGCUUUUUAACUGUGACAUUCUCGGCAGACAGUUUUGUGAAAGUUAAAAAACACAAAUGAUGAGACAAAUGAUGUCAGUCUAAGGUGGUGGGAGACGUGAAAACCUGGAGACACAGUGGUCCUCCAGCUUCCUUGUCCACUCCGGUCAUUUACAUCACAGUAAUGAGAUGAGAGAUCCUGUUUGGUGGCUUUUGGGAUGGUGGUGGUGUGACCCUAUUGAUAUCUCCAUGAAUCUGAAUUUGCACUUUGUAUUCUGCAGUGGUAUCUCGAUUCAGUCCUGUCAAUCUAAAUUCUCGAUGGUCUGAAUAAAUUGCAUUUUUUAUUGUCCAGUACGGUCUUGCUAUGCUAAAAGUUAACAUUCACCUUGGUCUGAGAAAGAAUUAAGCCCGAUGUUUUUUCGGUUGGUAAAAUGAGGCCCAGCUGAUUUUAAAAACAAUUUUCAGGUAGUUCUGAUGACAGCAAGGAAUAUGCUGUGUCCAUUCCUUUGAGUGAGUGAAGUUGGAAGCUGUGGUAUGAGUGGUAUUGGAACUGACCUGGUGCUUCUCCAUCGCCUGCUGUGUUCCUGGACACAGCACGUACAGAGCUGAUUACAGUUAUGACGGGGAGGUUCCAGAGCCUUUUGUUGAUUUUGAAUACCACAGCCGGAGAUGAACACAGUCUUUGUAAACUCUGAUUUACUGACGACAUAUUUAACCUGACAAUUCUUUAAGCUCUUUAUUGGAAUUUAAUUUGACUUUACAGUGAGGUCUUGUGUAAAAUUGCAAUCACACUUUAUUUGUAUCUGUCUUUAUCUUACAACAAGCCAAAACAAAACUGUAGUGACCAGUCCCUCAUACACCAAAAAAGAUACCUGCCCAUUCCAAUGUCAGCAUAAAUGAGGAUUUGUCCCAGUAUGUCCUGAGUUAAAGUGAACAGUGGAACCUACUGUAUAGUCUGUUGUUCUCUGAGGCCAAUGGGAUUCUGUUUUCUAUAUUAGUCUUUUGUCUAUUUGUGUAUACUUUACCCUUCUACAAUGUUCAUAGAUUUUUCAUGGUAUGCAAGAAAUUAUGUAAUAAACAGCCAUUUGCAGACCUGUGAAA